UCACAGACGUCACCUAUAAACUCUGCUCACGUCCGUUGCAGCACUUCACUCUCUUACAGCGAAGCACUGCGAUAGACAUGACGUGAACGCCCCACUGCGACCGACCUUAGACGUGUGAAAGCAAGAUCAAGUGGCGAGUGGCUCCUGCUACUGGUAGACGAAUACGCCAUUCAAUACAAUACAGCACCGUUGCAUAUAGAUCGCCUAUCGAAUAAGCAAUACGGAUAGAGUUAUUUUGAUGGCGCCUAUACAUGUUGCUAGCGAAAAGGGAAAUGCAAAACAGGUCCGAGGGUACCUCGCAAAAGGGAUUAAAGUCGAUACCGUUGGUUGGCAUGAUACGACACCACUGCACUUUGCCUGUGAAAAGGGACACACCGAAGUAGUGCAGUUGUUGUUAGAGACGAAUGCUAAUGUAGAGGCCAAAGAACAAGGUGGAUGGUCGCCACUUCAUUGUGCUUGUCGGUAUGGCCACAAAGAAGCGGUACAACUGCUCCUGGAGAAGGGUGCCAUCGUGGACACGAAAAACAAUGGCGGAUGGACGCCACUCCACUCAGCUUGUAGUAGUGGACACAGAGAUGUGGCGCAGCUGCUCCUAGAGAGAGAUGCCGACGUGGAGAUCAAUAACUGCCUUGGAUGGACGCCACUUCACUUGGCUUGUAAGUGUGGUCACAAAGAUGUGGUGUUACUGCUCCUGAAGUGGAAUGCCAAUUUGGAGGCCAAAAACAAAAGUGGGAAAACUCCACUGGAUCUUUGCAAUGAUGAUAAGAUGAAGCAAUUUCUACGAAAAGCAAUUCAGCAGAGAGCGGACCGACAAAUACAGGCUAUGAAAGCGAUGGAACAGCGGGAGAUGGAACAGCGGCGUAUAGUAAAGCGGAAGAUGGAACAGCGGCAGAUGAAACAGCUACAGCUAGAGAAGCGAGAGAUGGAGCAGCGACUAGCGGCACAGCAAGCGCUCGAGUCUCUGAACAGAUUCGCCCUGUGCGUCCAUCAAGCGCGCGCUGACACUGCAGCGUUGGCGCAGCAAGCAGCGAGCGUUGCACUACCCACUGGGGACGGAGAGACACUCGUGCAGUUCAUCGCCGACGUUGAUGCCUGCUAUCAACACACCACACACGUGCGACAGGCUCGGCAGCAGACCAUCGAGCUGGUGACGCGGUGCUGUGUAGUGUUACGCGGCAUGGAGAACGCCUCAGCAGCCGAGGACACGUGUGGUGACUUCAAGAGGGCGGAGGUGGCGCUAGAAACCUUCAACGCACUCCAAACAAAGAUUCAUGAGGCGGAUAGUGUGGAGGAUAGGGAUGUCACUCAACGCGACCGUAUGCGGCGAGAGUGUGUCGAUCUGAUUGAGACAGCUCUGCAACAACAUCGACCGACCAAUCCCAAUAUACAGAUUGGUGUAUCGGCUAUCGAAGCACUUGCUGAGCUCCGAACAUGUCCACCAGACCCGCUUGAGGAUGAUACAAAUGGGUUAAAUCUAGAGGAUGUUCAAAGACUGUGUAGGGAUGCCAGUGGUAAAGGCGUGCGGUUCGCCUGUGAUCUUGGCAACGAGUCCGCCAUCAGUGCUGAGUGCGAUGCUACGAUAGCCAAUGUGCGCGAAAAGCUCGUGGGCGCGUUGUUGCGGGAGUUUGGGUACAGCGAUCCUAACGCAAGUAGUAGGCGGAAGCACAUGGGCGGGUGCGUAGCUGUUCUCAGUGCAGAGUUGGCCUUUCAGGAGAGAACCGCGCACAAGCUGUCGGAGCCCCAAGAACUAGUAGGUGUGUUGUGUGCGCUGGAGUCUGCGUUGGAAGCUAUUGUCGCUUACUGUCAACAGGCCAAUGAUUUGAAUGGUAGAUGUGCUCAACUGAGGAGGCAGCAUAUCCAGUUGACUGAGGGAUUGACGGCCCCUGACUUGUCGGUGGUGGAGAGUCAGCCUCAGAUAAACCUAAGUAUAGCAAUGCAACGUAAGCAGUGGAAAGUUCGGAUCCUCAUGAUCGAUACAGACACCGAAGAAGCUGAGGUGCGAGAAAAGUGCGCAGCGUGGGAACGCGACACCAGGGCCCGCGAGAGGGCUGCUGGCCGAGAGGUGGCGGCGUGGUUGCAGUUUGUCAAGCGCCACUACCCCGAGCUAGUAAAGCAUCCCAGUGUGCUACAAUGCUUUACAGCGGACGAGCUGGAGUGUGCGAGGCUGGGGCUUCUGCUCAAAGGGGAAACGGAGGCCAACUACCCGGCGGGUGAACUACUGUCGGGACGGCCUGGGCGGAAUGUAUGGCAGCGCACGGAUGCGAGUGGGAAGGAUGUGGUGGUCAAGUCCUACAACCUCGCGUCGCCGGAGCAUCGCUUGCACUUCCUGCGGACGUGUGCUAAGCUGGGUGCAUUGCGGGGUGUGCUCAACAUGGUGCCCGUGGUGGGAGUGUUUACAGAGAAUGACUGGGGCCGCGUGCUCAUGCCGUACUACGCGAACGGCGACCUGUCCGCGUGGAUCAGCGCGUACCCGCAAAGAGAUCCCGCGCUGUGUCUGCGCAUGGCCCAUCAGAUUACGUCAGCGGUUCUGGGUCUGCACGAGCUGGACAUUGUCCACUGUGACCUUAAACCCAAGAACAUUUUUAUAACGUCCACACAUGAGGCGUUGCUGGGUGGCUUUAUCGAUAUACGCGACGCCAAAAGCACCGUGACAUCGGCCGCGGGCACCACGCGGGAAUACGCGGCCCCCGAGAUCCGUUCUGAGAGUGUGAGCAAGUUCGAGAAAAGUGCGGACGUGUACUCGCUGGGGAUUGUUCUGCGCGAGCUGCUCCAUGGGCUGCGCGUCACGGGCAUUUUUAACACCGUGACCGACGCCGGCUUUGCCAGUCUGAUCCAACAAAUGACAGCUGAUAAGGCAUCGGAGCGUCCUACGCUGACGUAUGUGCUAGCGAUGCCUAUCUUCAGUGAGCUGCACAGUGCGCGCCUGUGUGGGGGCUGUCUGGACACCUAUGCGGCGGUGGGCAGUCUCACGUGCAAGAACGGGCACGUUGUGUGCAACGACUGUGUGGACAGGGCCUUGGCGAUCGACAUGAAUAGCAUCAACCAUGUCGCGCGCCACAAUGGGCUGCUGCCUUGCAUUAUGCGAAGGAGCGGCUGCGAUGGGCUGUGGGAGUUCCAAAGAUAUGUUUCGCAUGUUACGAAGACGACUUUCGACACAGCCAUAUGUCUGAUGAACAAACCUGAAAUCCGCGCGGUGUUGUUAGAAUUGAGGCGGGAGGCUGCCGAGGAUCGCGAGUUCAAGCACAUCGCUAACGAGAUCCUACCACUGCGAUGUCCGGCGAUGGGACAUGUGCUAGACGAGUCCUUUGACACCUGCUUCGCCUUGACUUGCGACUCGUGUCCGCGCGAAAACAGCGAGUUCUGUGCGCUAUGUUGGGGAAGUUUUGGACGAUACACAUACUCGCAUGUGGUGCGGUGUGCCCUCAACCCACGUCCAGGCCAUUACUUCAACGCUAUAACAGUCUUCCACGAGCUCAGACGGAAGGACCGCUCGCAGAAAUUGAGGGAUUACUGGGCCACGCUCCAGUUGGACGAGACUAGCAAAGAAAAGCUAGCAGAGCGUGUGCAGCCCCUACUGGACCAGUUGAAGCCUGAGGGGACGUACGACUCUAUUUCCAAUAUCGUUGCUUAGAACCCUGGACAACCCACUGGCGGCCCAUUCAUCAAUCGAUACACAUCUAUAAAUGAAUACACAUUCAUAAAUCGAUAAAUAUAUCCCGUUAUUAUGAUACUACAGCGACGGCAUAGUGAUGGCAGCAAGGAUUAAAUUUAAUUCAUACCAAG